AUGGUUGUUUCAGAACAGAUACGACAGUCCCAGAGGAUGCCAGUUUCAGCCCCAGGCACAUACAGACGGCAGAGAGCCUCAGCAGCAUUUUUUCUCGGUUUUCUCUCUUUAGUUUUCUCUGUUACAGCAUUCAGUAGCAAUUACUGGUGUGAAGGGACAAGAAAAGUUGCCAAACCUUUCUGCAUAGGACAGGCCAAAGGGGAUAACUGCAUCCGCUUUAAUAGCCCUGAUGCCAACAACAGCAAUGCUGUGCAAUAUAUAUGGGAGAUGGGAGACGACAAGUUUGUUGACCGAAAGUUUCAUGCUGGGAUUUGGUAUUCAUGUGAAGAAAUUAUAAAUGGGGAAGGUGAGAAAUGUAGAAGUUUUAUCAGUUUGACUCCAGCUUCUGAUCGAGGAGUUUUAUGGCUGUCUAUUGUAGCAGAGCUACUCUAUAACAUUUUGCUUCUGACUGGAGUCGUUCUCAUGUCAGUAGAAAUGUGCUACUACAGUACCGUCAUUGAUGGACUAAAGAUCAACGCCUUUUCUGCAGUAGUCAUCGUACUAGCAGGUCUUCUGGGCAUGGUUGCUCACAUGAUGUACACAACUGUAUUUCAAAUGACUGUAAAUCUUGGUCCUGAAGACUGGAGACCUCACACAUGGGAUUAUGGCUGGUCCUAUUG